GCGAGGCUUGCUGCUUCCCGUGGCUCCACUAGCGCCUCCCCCCCUCCCCCCCGGGGUGUGGGCAUGCCUGUGUAUGUGCGUGUGCAUGCAUGCGCGGGCGCGGGAGAGGUUACCGACACCAAGUUGCGACUUUAAGGGGAUCUGGCACGAGUACUCCACCGACGGUGGACGGUCUCUUUCUCUUUUGUUUUGUUUUGUCAUAACUUUACAUUUAGAGAUUAUCAAAGAUGGCUCUCGCUAAGGAUCUCCUCAACCCCAACCCUCAGGCCGAGAAGCAGAAGCACAAGCUCGACCGCCUCGUCCAGAGCCCCAACUCCUACUUCAUGGACGUCAAGUGCCGUGACUGCUACCAGGUCAACGUCGUUUUCUCCCAUGCCCAGAGCGUCGUCCUCUGCGCUGGUUGCUCCGCCGUCCUGUGCCACCCCACCGGUGGUAAGGCUCGCAUUGUCGAGGGUGCGUGUCUCCCCUUUGCGGUGCUCUGCUUUUCGAGGGGGGGAAUCUAUCGCCAAAUGCGCCGGGGGAUGGUGUUGGGGGUAGGGCUGGUGAUGUGCUCUUUCCCCGCGCGCGGCCACGCCUCUUUCCUUGUCUCCUCUCGCUUGGUCCGGCGGAGGGGAGGCGCGCACGCACGCGCAGUCGGGACUGCUGCGCUUCUCUCUUGUUUUGUGCCCUGGGCGUGGCCGCCGCCGCCAUGUGUCGCGUGUCUCUCUCUCCUCCGCGCGCGCGCGCGCGCAGGCUGCCGUGUCCGCGUCAAGACCAACUAAAUUAUCUCCCCUGAUUUGGUAGGCCCUUGGCUGUGUCCACCACGCGGUGUGUCUCUCCGCCUCCUGGUCUCUCUCUCUCUCUCUCUCUGCUCUGGGCCGCGCGUGUUGUGCGUGUCGUGCGCGCCCCCCUCCCUCGCACGCAAAACACCCUCAUGGUCAAGUUCAAGUAGAGGUCUGAGACUCGGCGAGAGGGCCACACGCGUGCAUCUUGUCAAAAGUCUCCCCUUACACACAAUAAUACCGCCAUCAUCUCACACCCACCCCGGCGAGAGGCGUGUUGUGCAUAUAUUCAUAUGUGAGAGACUAAAGAAC